AUGGAAGAAAAGAAAGAAACUUAAGACCUUGCUUAAUUGAAAAAGGAAAUGCUUGGAACAGCUAUUAUCAAAGAUACAGAUAUGAGCCCAGAUAUGCUUUCAGAGGUUUAAGACUCGAUAGUUUCAGGAAUUGAAAACAACUCAUCUCCAGUUUUAUCAAUUGAAAAUGCUUGCAAAACAAUUAAAGAAGCACUUGAAAAGAAGUAUGGUCCAACUUGGCAAGUUAUUAUAGGUGAAGGAUAUGCUUACGAUGUAACAGUAUAAAACAAUACAAGACUAUUUAUGUUUUAUAAUGGCAAUUUGGCUUGUCUUGUGUUCAAAUCAUGAUGCAUAUUUUAAAUAUCAAUCUUAUUAAAAUAACUUAUAAGAAAAAUAAA